AUGGGCGCAGUCGAUAGCGGACUGGCCAGCUGCAACGAGCUGGCCCUCGCCGCCCCCGCGGCCCCGAGCCACAGCUCCAGGAAGAGCCGACGGAAACUUCAGGCGGGGCAUGGCGGCGGUAUUUUGCAGGACUGCGUCCAAUCAGCGCAGCAUGCUGCCAUGCAUCUCCUUCACUCCGUGUCCGACAGCGAUGAGGCUGCCCGGGAGUUCGCCCACCCUCUCACAGCGAGGUUGAAGAUGUCGGGCUACUCCCCCCAGGACGGCCGAGAGGUGGCAGAGGACGAGCGCCAGCGCAUCGAAGGCUUUUUCCAGGCGCUGAGGGUGGGCGACUUCAGAAAAGUCGUCGACUGCGCAGAGGAGGGCAUGGACCUGACGCAGCGCACUCUGAGGGGACAGGAUGUGGUGAUGCUCGCAGCGGUUUCCAAGAGCUCCUCGACGGUGAGUUGUUUGGAUUUCCUCCUGGAUGCCAAGAUCGGCAUUGAGAACAAGGACUGCUUGAGCUGGACGCCGCUAUCCCAUGCUUGCCGGAACAGCUCCACAGAGGCCGUGACGUUUCUCCUGGAGCGAAAGGCCUCCGUUGACACCCAGGAUGUGGCCGGUCGGACGCCAAUGAUGCUGGCCUGCAUGGACGCCUCCGCCGAAAUCCCGCCGCUCCUGCUGGAGGCCCGUGCUGACAUCAAGUUGCAGGACAAGCGGCAGUGGACGGCGCUUUUCUAUGCCGCAGAGCGAGGGAAACAGGAAGUGGUGAAGUUUCUACUGCGGAAGCACGCCACGCCUCAGCAAACGACCUCGGAAGGCAUCUCGGCGCUGAUGAUUGCCGCUGUAAGGGGGAACACCAUGGCCGCCAAACAGCUCAUCCGGCGCCAAGCAGACUUGAAUGGUGUCGAGAAGAACGGGAACACGGCGUUGAUGCUGGCACUGGCCGCAGCUCAGCAGGACCUGGUUGCCUGGUUGCUUCAGGAGGAUGUGGAUGUGGACAUCAGCAACGACCUGGAAGAGAGCGCGUAUGACAUCGCUGCGGAGCAAGGUUUCAAUUCGUUGAAGAACACCAUCGUCAUGAUUUCUCGCAUCCGUGAGGAGGCGCGGCGCAAGGCGGCUCUGGCGGCUGCCGCAGCCGAGGCAGCCAAAUACCUGGAGGACUGA